UAGGACUCAUCCGCUACAGGCAGAAACCAACAUUAUGGCCUUCCCCAACGUCGACUUGAAUCUUCGGUGGCAGGAUCAGAACGUGGUUAAGAAGGACGGCCAGUGGACGAUUGACGGACGACCUACGGUUAGCGUGGCUGUAUCCCACAUACACGAGCCGCCCAACUUGCCUAAUAACACAUGGUUUGGAUUGCUUGUAACAUCUCCUCCAAAUGCUGCUACACCGCCUCACACUCACGCCGGUGCCGCCGUGGUUGCAACAGUGAUACGGGGUCACAUUCUGAACCAGAUGACACACACGCACGACGGUGGUGCCAAGGUGUACGGGCCGGGGGAGAGCUGGUACGAGGCUCCGGGCUGCCACCAUGUCCGCUCUGAGACUGUCGGUGAUGAGGAGACUCUCUUCAUCGCGAACCUGCUCGUCAGCACCGACGUUUUCAGAGGGUUGGACCUUAAAGCUCGGAGCGUAGAAGACGAUUUUGCAAAGGUCGACCGUAUCUUUAUUAUCGAUAAGGAGGUCGAAGAGCAGAACGCUGGUACUACUACUACUACGAAUAAGAAUUAG